UUAUUUAAUAAGAUAUAUAUCUUCCAGUAUAUUUUUCUUUUCAUCAAAAUGAAUGGAUGAAAUUUAAACUUUGAUGUGUAUCUUUGAAUUUAUAUGGGUGGUGGGUGGGUGGCUCUUGAGGAGAUCAUUUUGGAUAGUAUAACUAGCAUAUCAGUUUUGCAUUUGUGCGGUGAACAAUCAUUGGGAUACUUGUAGGGAUAAUAACUUUCUAGAUUUAGGACAAAAGUGUGGAAAACAAAAUUGAAAAUUUCACCGCCCAGAUUGGGUCUUGAAAUAAUUUGAGCAGGCCAGUUUUUGCAGGCAGUGACUGAUAUGUAUGUAGGGCCUAGGCCCCUCAGUGAACGGCACUUUGCAGAUCCAUAUCACAUAUUUUUAAUUUUGUUAUCCCAUCUGUAUACUUUCGAAUUUGGAACCCUAACCCUAACCCUAACUCACGAAUCUCGAAAUUAUCAAACUUCAUUUCAACUCAAAGAUGAUAAAGUUGAAAUUGAUGAAAUUUGAAGCAAGCAAGAAGCAAGAUUUAUUUCUGAGCUUUACAAGCUCCCUUGCUGCAGGUUGGCAAGUUUGAUGGGAUUGCAAAUUAGUGAUAUUCAACCCGAAGUUUAAGUUGGAGUCUGAUCUUUUUAUGGAGGAGCUAAAUUGAAUAGCUAGGUAGAUGCGUUAGUUGUAACAUUUGAGAAUUAAGUGAUUUUUUCUUUAAUUCUCACCUCAACUUAGUAAUUGAAGGCUUAAAUUUUGAAUUGGUACAACUCCACUGGUUUGUCUUUGGGUGCAUUAUUGAAAAGGGAAUUGGCUCUGGAUUUUGGCGUGGUGGUUUUGCUUGUUAGGAAUGGUUAGUGGAUUUGAUAGGAAGUUUUGAGAAAAUGGUGAAAUCUAGGAUUGAGGGUUAACUGCCAGCAAUGUAAUUGUCGAAGAAAAUGGGGAGUGGAUGCUUAUGGAAAAAUCCAAUUGCUUUUGUAGGUGUGGUCGUUUCUGUUUGUUGCUUUCUGGUUAUCAUGAUAUCGGUUCUUAGACUCCCUGAGGUAACAGUAGGAAAUAAAGUAAUUAGGCCUUAUAGGACCUUUAAAAGCAGGAAGAUUUCCAAGGAUGAAGGGAUAGGGAAGUUUGGUGACUUGAUGAUUGAAAUGUUGCCUGAAGAUCUUGCUUUCACAGUUUUUGUCCCUUCGGAGAAAGCUUUCGAGCGUGAUUUGAGGCUACGGGCGAAUGAUAGUUUGCUUGCAGAGAAGAGGAAUGAUACAUAUGCAGUGGUUUCUCGAAUAUUGGGCUUCUCAGCUAUUCCUCGAACUCUCUUAUCUGCCGCGGUAUACUCAAAUAAAGAGCUCUUCUAUGAUUCAUUAUCUGGGUUUCCAUUGUAUGUUUCAAAGGAUGCGGAUGGGAUGCUGAUAGUUAAUAGAAUUCGAUCAGAAAGAGUAGAUGUUAGGAGAAGGGAGGUCAUUGUACAUGUCAUGGAUGGAGUAAUUAUGGAUGCUGAGUUUGAGCAGUCAGUUCAGCCUGAUUAUACUGAAGACUGAAGAAGGUAGAUUGAAAUCAAUGCAUUCAACUCUUACAGAAGGCAGAAGACUAAAGGUAUACCUGCUUUGCCUGUACAAUUAUAAACCUUGUUGUAAUUUCUAAAAAAUGUACUUCAUCAAUGAAAAAAGAUAUAGCAUAAAUUGUUCGUGAUUUUUUUAUGCCAUUUAGGCUUUUGAUGUUUGAGAUCUUUCUGUAAUACAGUAGCAUGGUGGAUUGUGAAUACUGAUAUAAACCAAAAGCGAAGUUUUAUCAUUAA